GUUCAGUUUACAGAUCGAGAAGCCGACGUGGGAAUGAAGACGCGCUGGACAUGCCGAAGAGGUUGGGCAGCUCCUCAAACGGAAGUUGCAGAAAUUACGAGGCGUCCUGAAUGUUGCAUGGAGAUAAACAGCAGGCGCACACCAUGCAGGCGGUUGAGGUGAUCAAUAUAACGAAAUAGGUAACUUAUAUGUAAAAGAAACAUUGCUUUGUAUGUUGUAUUUUUGUGCACGUGUCAAGAUCAAAGGACAUCCAGUACAUGUGUUCAGCUGCUCCUUUUAACAAACAAACACUAUCAGGAUGGUGUCAUACAAGCGGCUAAAUCCUGAAGACAUUCAGUUUUCCAAUGCGGUGUUGUUGGAGGAGCCUCGUGCUAUCCGAGAAGAUGGCUCGGUCCUGGAGCCAGAGCAAGCCUCCUUGCUUCCGUGGAGGCCACCUUGCUCGGUCACCACAGGCCUCCUGGUGAUUGGGUGCCUGCUGAUGCUCCUCUGUGGAGGCUGGCUUCUGGGAACUGUGUUCUGGCUGCACGCUCCAACCAACUUACAGCCGCACAAACCUCCGCCACCAGCACAAACAGGAGUAAACAACACUGCAGCCGCUUCCCGCCAUGAGGCCUGUAGUUUAGUCCCAGAGGCGUGGAGGUUUGAUUGUUACCCUGAAAGAGGAGUGGUUGUGACCAGAGAGUUGUGCGAGGCAAGGAACUGUUGCUUCAUCCCUACUUCCAAUUCCUCCUUCUCUGUCACCCGCCCAUCAGGGAAGAAUGGCAUCCCCUGGUGUUUCUACCCUCCGGAUUUCCCUUCCUACUCACUUGUGUCAAUAAAAGACACAUCUCUGGGACAAAAAGGUACACUUGUAAGAAAGGUGAAGACCUAUUACCCAGCAGACAUCCUGAUCCUAGAGGUGGAGAUACGAUAUGAGACAGACACACGACUACGUGUCCGGAUUACUGACCCUUCAAAUCCACGGUUUGAGGUCCCAAUCUCUGUCCCCACUGCCACUAAAAAGGCAGAACGUCCAGAGUACACUGUAGAGCUUUCAAAGGAGCCGUUUGGCCUCAUCGUGAAGAGGCGCUCUACAGGAGCUCUGCUCGUGAACACCACAGUGGCUCCUCUCUUCUAUGCUGAUCAGUUCCUCCAGUUCUCCACCUCCCUGCCCAGUCAGUUCAUCUAUGGCCUGGGCGAACACCGCUCCACCUUUCUGCACGAUGUCCAAUGGAACACGCUCACCUUGUGGGCUCGAGAUGUGCCUCCUAUGGAAAAGACCAACCUGUAUGGGGCACAUCCUUUUUACCUCUUAGCUUGUUCAGUAGGAUUUUCUAAUAAACAAUGUUUAAUCAGCGUUUCUUCUAUUUGAUCAGAUGUCAUCCUCCAGCCAGCCCCAGCCCUCACCUGGCGCACUGUUGGGGGAAUCCUUGACUUUUACAUCUUCCUUGGUCCUGAUCCUGGUUCAGUUAUUGAACAGUAUGUGGAAGUCAUAGGAUUCCCAUCGAUGCCCAUCUACUGGGCUUUAGGAUACCAUCUCUGUCGCUGGGGUUACAACACUAGUGACAAUACCUGGGAGGUUGUCAAGACCAUGAGGAAUUCUGGGAUACCUCAGGAUGUCCAGUGGAAUGACAUCGACUACAUGGACCGAUUUAUGGACUUCACUUUUGACUCGACAAAUUUCGCCACACUGCCUGAACUGGUUAAAGACCUGCACGCUCAUGACCAGCGCUAUGUCAUGAUCCUGGACCCAGGUAUAAGCAGCACUCAGCCUGAGGGCUCGUACUGGCCGUACGAUGAAGGACUGAAGAGAGGAGUUUUCAUUAAAGAUGCUGAAGGAAAAACACUUAUUGGGAAGGUGUGGCCUGGUCUGACAGCAUAUCCCGAUUUCUCUGAUGAUGUGACACAUGAGUGGUGGUACGACAACCUUCAGAGGUUCCACCAGAAGGUUCCCUUUGAUGGAUUAUGGAUUGACAUGAAUGAGCCGUCAAAUUUCCUGGAUGGAUCCACUAACGGCUGUCCGUCAAACAGCAUUGAAAAUCCUCCUUAUACACCUGGUGUACUAGGUGGUCUGUUGAGAGGCAAAACGGUGUGCGCCACUGCACAACAGAAGCAGUCCAUACACUAUAACAUGCACAGCCUUUAUGGACUGAUGGAAGCUAAGGCCUCUGCAAGCGCUCUGAAACGGAUUGUGGCAAAGAGACCUUUUGUAAUUUCUCGCUCCACCUUCCCCAGUCAGGGGAUGUAUUCUGGUCACUGGCUGGGAGAUAAUAGGAGCCAGUGGAAAGACCUUUACACCUCUAUAGCAGGAAUGUUGACCUUUAACCUUCUGGGAAUCCCAUUGGUGGGAGCAGAUAUUUGUGGCUUCGGUGGGGAGACACAGGAGGAACUGUGUGUCCGCUGGACGCAGCUUGGAGCAUUUUAUCCUUUCACACGCAACCACAACUCCAUUGACAAGAAGCCUCAAGAUCCCACAGCUUUCAGCCCUCUGGCUCGUACGGCCAUGCAACAGGCGCUGCUGCUGCGCUACUCUCUCUUCCCUGUCCUGUACACUCUCUUUCAUCAUGCGCAUGUUCACGGGCACACUGUUGCACGACCACUGAUGUUUGAGUAUCCAAAUGAUGCAAGAACCUAUGGGAUUGACAAACAGUUCCUGUGGGGGAAGAGUUUAUUGGUGACACCAGUGUUAGAACCCGGAGCUGAUUAUGUGGAUGGUUACUUCCCAGAGGGUCUGUGGUAUGACUACUACACGGGUGACUCUGUGCGCAGUAAAGGUGAAGAGGUUCGAUGCCAUGCACCUCUUGACAAGAUCAACCUGCAUUUGCGUGAAGGAUCUGUUAUACCGACACAGACACCCAACCUGACCCUGUGGGUGAGCAGCGGUCAGCCUCUCCAUCUGGUGUCAUCUCUCUCUGAUAAUGGCUCGGCCACUGGAGAUCUGUUCUGGGACGACGGAGAGAGCAUUGACACCUAUGAGACCAACCAGUAUGCCUACAUCAUCUUCAUGGUCUCUCAGAAAACUAUGAAGUCCCAGGUGCUCCACAACAACGUGGAGGCCUCAUACAUCACUGUGGAGUCGGCCUCCUUCUACGGGGUGAAGGAGAAGCCAAGCAGAGUGCUGGUGAACUCUCAAGACGCACAGUUCACCUACAGAACCAACCAGGUGUUGUCGGUUGCAGCUCUUGGUCUGAACCUCAGUCAGAACUUCACCAUCAGCUGGAUGUAAAGGAUCAGUUGAGUUUUUAGUUGAUAGUUUGAUUUGCAGCUGGCGAUGGAAGACACAAGGUGGCAUUCAGUGCAGCCUGUAGCUGUUAGAAUGGUGAUGUUUUUUUUGGUACCAUAUUCCAGCACACUGGAUGUUAAAGGAAGUAGUAACUUAAGCACCCAUCCAUAAAGGGCGAAGAGUUUGUAAAAUAUUCACUCUUGGAGCUUCUGCAUACAAAAUUGAUUCCAGUGAUUGUUCAUCACUUUUAUCUCAUGCUGUAGUUACUGUUUCAUUUAAUUUCUAAUGUGCUGGACUGCAGACAAAACAAAAGUGUCUGUUAGAAAAGAUGGACAGACAAACUAGUGCAGAUACUGUGAGUGAGUGAGAUCAGGUUAGUGGUAAUUCUAUCUAACAUGCAACGUCAUCUCAAAGAGGCUUUUCACACUGGGUGCACAAUAAAUGAAAUCACUGUCCUGCUGUCAUUUAGACUGCUGUAAUUAUCUGUGAGGACAUUUAAUAUUCAUAACCUAUGGCUGAAGUGUUGACUUGAAUUGAUUUUAAACAGAUUUGAAAGAAGAGCCUGUCUUGACUUUAAGACUUUAGCUUUAUCUUAGGUUUUGUUUAAUUAAGUCAGCGUUUUUUUUUUUGUUUUUUUUUUUUUUUAAUAGAAUUCUCCUGAAAGAUGAUGUGCAAUAAAUGGGAGGAUGACCUUCUGGAAAUGUGACUUCAUGAUGUAAUGUCAUGUGCUUUAAUGCUGUUUACAGCCUAUUUUUGCACUGAUUGGUACUGCAGUGUUGUAAAUGUAAGUACGGGUGCCUUAUGAUUCCUGUUUCUAAGCAUUUCUGGGUUUGUUCUUUGUUCAGUGCUGAACGCUAGUGUACUGUAAUGCCUAAAAAAUGACACUGAAAGAGCUGUGUGUGUUCUGUAGACGCACUGAGUUUUCUCAGCGCUGAUUUUUUGACACCUCUGAACCUAAUACAUUUCUUAACGUGGUUGAGUGAAGUUCUCAAAAUGAGAUAUGCUUAUUUUACCCAAAUUGGAUCCCAAAGCUGUGGAAAUGUGAUCCUGAGUUAUGGGUUUUCUGCACCUUAUCCAAGUAUGGAAAAUUAUUUUAACAAAUCAUCAAUGCAUGUGUGCUCUCAAGUAAUCAAUGCAAAAACCAAAAAGCACAUAAAGACACCAGUAGAGCGCAGGUCACUUUCAUUUUGAUAAUAAAAUGGUAACAAUUUGCAGUGUUUGAUCACGAAGUCUUGGGUGUUUAAUUUCUGGCUACAUGCUUAAAUAAAAUUUUAUGAGCAACAUGAAAA